AUGCUGGAGUUUAUCAACUACAGACCAUCAGUGAUACAGUCUCAUAUGAGACAUUCACAGUUUCUGUCUAUGGUGAUUUAUUGCUUGUGUUCAGCUGUGAAUGUGAGUCAUGUGACUCUCUCCUGGUACAAAGGAAACAGUUUAUUGUCCAGCAUCAGUGUGUCUGAUCUCAGCAUCAGUCUCUCUCUACCUCUGGAGGUGGAAUAUCAGGAUAAAAACACCUACAGCUGUGUGCUGAACAAUCCCAUCAGCAACCAGACCAAACAUCUGGACAACAGUGGACUCUGUUGGCCAUGUCCAGCUCCUCUGCCUAUUCCCGUCAUCAGCAGAGACUCUCCACAAUGUUCUUCAUCAUCAUCAAAUUGUUCACUGCUGUGUUCAGUGUUUAAUGUGAGUCAUGUGACUCUCUCCUGGUACAAAGGAAACAGUUUAUUGUCCAGCAUCAGUGUGUCUGAUCUCAGCAUCAGUCUCUCUCUACCUCUGGAGGUGGAAUAUCAGGAUAAAAACACCUACAGCUGUGUGCUGAACAAUCCCAUCAGAAACCAGACCGAACAUCUGGACAUCACUCAACACUGUCGGCCAUGUUCAGGCCCUGCCCACUGCUGUGGUUUCACCGAAGCUGUGAUUCGAUUGGCUGGCUCUGCUCUGGUGGGCGUGGCUACUGUUGCUGUGCUGGUUUAUGACAUCAGAUCCAGAAGAGCUUAUCAAAAGAGGAGAGAGCAGCCUUCGCCAUCACAUGCAGAUGAAUAUGAUGAUGUUGUAUUAGGGCAAUGAUGUUGUGUUGUCCUUUAUGUCCCUCGGGAAUGUAAAUAAGGAAUAUACCAGGCAUCUCAAACUAUUGACAAAUUGCAUGCUGUCAGUCAUACAGCGAAUAAUAAAAUACACAGAAUGAAAACAUGAAAAAACAAUGGACACUUUUUGAAGUGUGUCUUAACUGAUCAUAUUGCCAUUUGCAGGUUGUUUUUGCUUACUGUGUUGCUUUUACUGUUGCUCCAAACAUUUUCUUUUACUUUUAAUGUAAAAUUGUAUAUUUUUUUUAUACCAAGAAUUUUUUUUAUUGGUUCAUAAAGUUUUUGUAUUUACAUUUUAAGUGUUGCCAUGUGAAAUUCUUGAUGUAUGAAAACUGUCUUAUUUGAGUACCUGUUGUUCAUGUUUUUUCCCCUGUAUCUUCAGCUUUACAUAUGAAUUACUGUAACAUCCUGCAAAUUCAUUAAAGCUAAAAA